AAGGCAAGACAGAGGCAGCUGAGAACUGUUCUUGCACCUGGGAAGGGGGACCAGAUAUAUUUACUUUUUCUUCCAUUAAGAAGCAACUGACUCUGGAAGCUGAAGUUAAUUUCCAUUUCCAAGAGGCCACAGAAGGACAUUCAGAAAGGCAGAUUCUUUUAGCUUGGCAAGUUGCUAUGGCCAGACCACAAAUGAUGGCUCCCAUUUGUCUGGUGGAGAACCACAAGGACCAGCUGUCUGUGAACCAAACAGCCAUCGAGAUUCUGGACAACAUUUCCCAGCCAGUGGUAGUUGUGGCUAUUGUUGGAUUGUACCGAACAGGGAAGUCCUACCUGAUGAAUCGUCUGGCAGGACAGAAUCACGGCUUCCCUCUGGGCUCCACUGUGCAGUCUGAAACCAAGGGCAUCUGGAUGUGGUGUGUGCCACACCCCACCAAGCCAAACCACACCCUGGUCCUCUUGGACACCGAGGGCCUGGGCGACGUAGAAAAGGGAGACCCUAAGAAUGACUCGUGGAUCUUUGCCCUGGCUGUGCUUCUGAGCAGCACCUUUGUCUACAACAGCAUCAGUACCAUCAACCACCAGGCCCUGGAGCAGCUGCAUUAUGUCACAGAACUCACUGAGCUGAUCAGGGCAAAGUCUUCUGCAAGUCCUGAUGGAAUCAAGAAUUCCACAGAGUUUGUGAGUUUCUUCCCAGACUUCAUCUGGGCUGUUCGGGAUUUCAUGCUGGAGCUGCAGAUAGGUGGAAAGAGCGCCAUGGAGGACGAGUACCUGGAGCACGCACUGAAAUUGAUCCCAGGUGACAAUCCCAGAAUCCAAGCAUCCAAUCUGCCCAGGGAGUGCAUCAGACAUUUUUUCCCAAAGCGGAAAUGUUUUGUUUUUGAUCAACCAACGCGUGACAAAGCACUGUUACGCAAGCUUGAUACUAUCUCAGAAAAACAACUGGAUCCUAUGUUCCUGGAACAAACAAGGGCUUUUGUUUCUUACAUCUUCACCCAUGGAAAGAUCAAGACACUCAGAGAGGGAAUUAAGGUCACUGGGAAUCGACUGGGGACUCUGGUGACGACCUACGUGGAUGCCAUCAACAGUGGAGCUGUGCCUUGUCUGGAUGAUGCGGUGACAACUCUGGCCCAGCGUGAGAACUCAGCAGCUGUGCAGAAGGCAGCUGAGCACUACAGUGAGCAGAUGGGGCAGCAACUGAGGCUCCCCACAGACACGCUCCAGGAGCUGCUGGGUGUGCACACAACCUGUGAGAAGGAAGCCAUUGCUGUCUUCCUGGAGCACUCCUUCAAGGAUGAAAACCAGCAAUUCCAGAAGAAGCUGCUGGAAUUAAUAGAUGAGAAGAAAAAGAUGUUCAUGUUGAAGAAUGAAGAAGCAUCAGAUCAAUACUGCCAGGAAGAAUUGAAUCGGCUUUCAAAGGAUUUUGUGGAAAAUAUUUCAACAUUUUCUGUUCCUGGAGGACACAGGCUCUACAUGGAAAUGAGGGAGAAGAUUGAGCAAGACUAUUGGCGGGUGCCCCGGAAAGGGGUGAAGGCAAGUGAAGUCUUCCAGAGCUUUCUGCAGUCACAAGCCACCAUUGAGAGUUCCAUCCUGCAGGCAGAUACAGCCCUAACUGCUGGCGAGAAGACCAUCGCAGAGGAGCGGGCCCAGAGGGAGGCAGCUGAGAAGGAACAGGAACUGCUAAGACAGAAACAGGAGGAGCAGCAGCAACUGAUAGAGGCUCAAGAAAGAAGUCACAAGGAAAACCUUGAGCAGCUGAAAAUGAAGCUGAUGCAAGAGCGUGAACAACUCAUCAAGGAACAUAAAAUAAUGCUCGAGAAUCAGCUGCAGCAUCAAAGGGCUUUGCUUGAAGAAGGAUUUAGGGAGAAAUCUGAGGAAAUGAAAGGAGAAAUUCAGCGACUGACAUCUACUGUAAAUGACAUGAAAGAAAACAGUGUUUCCUUUAUAGGUCAUCUUCUAAAAGAAUUUGCUACAGGAAUUGCAGCCCCUGUUUUACUGCCUGUGAUGGCUGUAAAAAAAAUUAUUUCAGCAUUUAAAUAGGAUUCACUCUUAUUUUGAUUAAGUGAUAGACCAUGAAUAUAUACUCUGCCUUUUUAUGAAGCUUCAUGUUUUCAUUUUCAUUCAGCAAAUUUCAGCAUUAAAAGUGCUAAUUAGAGUACAUGUAUGCCUGCCGCACAUUAGAUAGAACAUGUACUUGUCUGCACAGACAAGGCUUUCUUCAGGGCACAGAUGUUUAAACCAUUCCUGUGGAAGCUAUGAUUACUCAUUAUACACUGUCACAGUUACUGUUGGUCAGCUUGACUGGAUAUAGAAUCACCCAGGACACAAGCUCUUCUAUACCCCGUGAGGACCAUAUAUAUAUACCAUAUAUAUAUACCAUAUAGGGAAUCAUCUCUGGUCACUAUGGUAGAAAACCCAUCCCAAGUGCGGGCACCACCAUUCCUGUGGCCUGGGGACUCAGUUAAUAGGUGAAAUCAAGCUGGGCACUAACAUGUACCACUUGUUACUUCCUGACUGGAUGUCAUGUGAUCAGCCAGCCUCUGCUUCUGACUGUAUGCCUUCUCCGCCAUGUUAAGUGUGCCAUCUGGAACCCUGUCUUUCUUAAGUUGCUUUGCUUGAACCAUUUUGUCACAGUAAGAACAAAAGGUAUUGAUAUCAUUGGUGGUAAAUCUGGAAACUACUUAAGCAUCAUUGAGAAAGAUUGGUAACAAAUUGUAAUAUGUUCUGAUCCUGGACUACUGUAUAGUCUAGAAACAAGUGUCAGUCAAGCUUCCUGUAUACUAACAUAAGUUGAUCAUAAAGAUUUCUUAUUAAAUAAAGU